CACAAGUGGGUCCCAUUGUCGUUAUUUUAAAUGUGUUAUUCACCGCCUGCCACCCCAGUUUUCGGUCUUCAGCCCAGGAAACCAGGAAAUAUCCCCGCCGCCCAGGCAAUGCAUUGAAAGCCUGCGAUCGUUGAGGGCGCUGGAUGUUUGCUCUCACCUUUUACUCCUGGCCUAGAAACAGGCUGGGAAAUCUCACCACUCCCUCACUUGCCUCUCUAUUUUGACUGCCUCUUGGAGCGGCUUCUAGCCUCUCUGCACCAUGAACCUCUCUCUUAUCGAUCCGUUUGUCCUGGCCCAGGACUAUCCAGACACAUUAUCAGAGAAAUUGAGAAGCGGUCACGCGACAUGUCUGCGAUUCAAUCGCAAGGGAGACUAUCUGGCGUCCGGACGAGUUGAUGGCACAGUUGUUAUAUUUGAUGUCGAAACAAAUGGAGUCGCGCGCAAGCUCAAGGGUCACGUUAGACAAAUCCAAUCGCUCAGCUGGUCUAGAGACGGUCGCUAUCUUCUGAGCUCAUCACAGGACUGGAAAUGUAUUCUGUGGGACCUGAAAGACGGUUCCCGGGUACGCACAGUCCGGUUUGAAGCUCCCGUAUAUAUCGCAGAACUACAUCCUUACAACCAAACGUUGUGUGGCAUAUGCAGUCUAUUAUUUGUAGCCUCCCUCUUCGAAGAUCAGCCCGUUCUCGUCGACAUCUCGUCCCGCAAACCUGUCAAACACAUCCUCCCCUCCGCCCCGUUUCGCGCUGCGCCCUCCAAAGACGAAGAAGUCGAUCCAGCUGUCGCUGCCAAACAGGCGGCACAAGAUGCGAAGCAUUCAACCUGUGUCACAGUUUUUACUGCGCUCGGUAACCAUAUAAUAGCCGGCACGUCGAAAGGCUGGAUCAACAUCAUCGAAACGCAAACCUGCACCACCAUCCACUCCACCAAACUCUGUAGCGGCGUCAUCAUACUCCUCCGCCUCGCCAGCAACGGCCGCGACCUCCUCAUCAACAGCUCCGACCGUGUUAUCCGCACAAUCCUCAUGCCCGACCUCACCCAACUCGGCAUCGAUCUCGAACCAACAAAUAUAAAGCUCCAAGUCGAGCACAAGUUCCAAGACGUCGUCAACCGCCUAAGCUGGAACCAUGUGGCUUUCUCCUCAACUGGCGAAUUCGUCAUGGCCUCCACCUUCAUGAACCCCGACAUCUACGUCUGGGAACGCAGCCACGGCUCCCUCGUCAAAAUCCUCGAGGGGCCCCGCGAAGAACUCGGCGUCGUAGAAUGGCACCCAACCCGCCCCUUCGUCGUCGCAUGCGGCCUCGAAUCCGGCUGCAUCUACACCUGGUCCAUCGUGACCCCGCAGAAAUGGUCUGCCCUCGCGCCUGAUUUUGGCGAAGUCGAAGAAAACGUCAACUACAUCGAACGCGAAGACGAGUUCGACAUCCACCCAGCCGAGGAAAUCCACCAGCGCCGCCUUGACGCAGAAGACGAAGAACCCGAUGUCCUCACCAUCGAACCCAUCAAGGGCGGCGACGACGAGAUUGAGUCCUUCCGCAUGCCUGUCCUACUCGAUAUCUCUGAUAGCGAAAGCGAGGAGGACAUCAUUGCCGUUGGACCGGGGACCAUGCGCCGUCGGAGUCCUGGUGGUGCGCGGGACAAGGUAAAUGGCGAGAAUGGGACGGCGGCCGCAGGUCGUGGCGCGAGAGGGGGGCGGCGGCGGUGACGCAUCCUUCAUGCAUCUUAUCCGCUGCCGCUGCUGCCUUCUAUUUACACAAAAGGCAGUCGACCAGUCCCAUCUCGUUUCUCGUUAUGUAAACUAUAGAUUGGCGUUCGGUGCUGUUUGCUUUCUUUGCAUGGAUUCCAUGGAAUAUGAAUAGGUAUAUAUAAUACCGUGGAUACGGUGCUGGAGUUUGGGGCAGCGGGGGGAACGUCAAAACAAAAAAAGCAUGCAUGCAUACAUGAAGCAGGGUCUAAUUUAUUU